AUGGAUGAGAAUGAGGAUCAGAAACCACCUAAUGAUCCAGAUGAAGAUGCUGCUGCAAGAAUGCGGUUAAAACGUAAAUUGCAACGAAAUCGUACAUCCUUUAGUCAGGAACAGAUCGAAGCCUUAGAAAAAGAAUUUGAAAGAACACAUUAUCCAGACGUUUUUGCUCGUGAAAGAUUAGCUACAAAAAUUGGUUUACCUGAAGCACGCAUACAAGUUUGGUUUUCAAAUAGACGAGCUAAAUGGCGUCGGGAAGAGAAAUUAAGAAAUCAGAAACGGCCACCAGGUAUUGAUACUGCAAUGACUACAGCAAAUUCUAGCGUUGCUGCUAACAGUUCUGCCGAUAAUUCCGGCUCAACGCAAGCAAGCUUACUGAAUCCGGGAAGCACGGGUACACCUCUGGGAAGUAGUCCAACUGCUACACCAGCAAGGUUUAAUAAUCCGGUUGUUAACAACACUUUUGCUUCACCCAGCACUCAGAUGUAUCCUUUACCGCAGCCAACGAUGGAUCCUUAUAGCUUUGCGAAUGCAGGAUUGGGGAUGGGCGCUCCUCAGCAUCCAUCUGAUUUUAGUUCAUAUCAUAUGUUUUCUAGCGCUGGAAGGUCACCCUAUGAUGCUUUUCAUCCAUAUGCCCGAACGGUACAGCCUGGAGCACCACCAACAUUUGCUUCCACAAUGAGCCAUUCUUCCAUCUCCAAUGUUGGUGGUUUUGGAGCAGGCAUGAGUUUGCCCGUUUCGGUCUUGUCAACUAUUGAUCAAGCUAUUCCAUCCAAUCAACCACCACGAUUUGAUGAUUUGACGGAUGCUCAUCAUGAUCCCCAAUACUGGCGUACCAAUUUUUCAUCUUAA